ACGAUUUUGAACUAAUAUUAAUUUUCCUAGACGAUAUUAUAUAUUCCUACUAAACAUUCUCUAUUCCUAAAAUUCCCCAGAUCCGAAAAGUCAGUUCCAGCUCUCGGCGCACCCAGAGUAUAGUCGGUGCAUGCAGAUUGCCCUAAAUAAAUAGAGAGCUAACCCUUUCGUCUUAGACUUAGAGUAAUAGAGGAGGAAAGAAGGUCACUCGGACGUGACAGCUUAUGCAAAAGUGUGUGUUCCUUGUUAUUUUCCAACCUUGUUUAUUUUUUAUUGUUAUUUUUAAUUAUUUCUAGGGACUCUAGUAAGAACCAAUUGCACUCGAUCGCUAGGGAUUUUCGGAUUUGUUUUCCGCGCAUGCGUAAAUUAUUUACAUAUAUUAUAUAUAUAUAGAAAAUAUAUGUGUAUGAGACACGUGUCUAUAUAAAAUAUUCCACAAUUUGCGUAUAAUUUCGUAUGUACGACAAUGAAACAGCUUUCAUUGAUUGUUGAAUCUCUUGGAAGCUGAAGAUGCCAAUUGAGAAUGGAUGAAAUUUAUUUAUUAAGAUGAUUUUAUCCUCGCUUCAGGAUGAUCAUUGUGCUCCAUUCUUAUCUGAAAGAAAAAAAAAUAAGCACCGUUAGUGUACAAUGUGUUUUUUUCCCAUUUUUUUGCAUUCUGGAGAAAGAGGAUGUAACAAUUGCAUUAAAUGGUAUAUGCAUAUUACAAGUGUUACGCAGAAGAAAGUAUUGACACAUUCUGACAGUGCUGUACUUAUUUACACACAUAUUGUAUGAUCAAAGAUAUUCAUAGAUGUUCUUCAUGAUGAUGAACAUUUGGCUGCUUCUUAGUCUGUCAAUGUUUGCAUUUAUUGUGGGACAACCCAACUUGGAUAGUCCUAACACCGAACUGGUGGCGGAACAAAAUGAUACACUUCUUGUGUUUUUUACUCUCGAAGGAUCGUUUGUUGGUGUUAGUCAGCAAUCCGGGGAAAUACGUUGGAAGCAUCAUGAUGAACCAGUAGUCAAAGUGCCUUUGAAUCUAUCAGAACCUGAAAUGCCAAUCUUUCUGCCAGAUCCUAGAGACGGUUCUCUUUAUCUAUUUGGCAGAGGUACAGAAGAAUUGAAAAAGCUACCAUUUACCAUUCCUGAGUUGGUGGCCAAUAGUCCUUGCAGAAGUAGUGAUGGUAUAUUAUAUACUGGUAGAAAAAUAGACACCUGGUUUAGUAUUGACCCAAGAACCGGUAUGAGGGAAUCUUUAAGUUUCAAUAAUGUUGGAAAUACUUGCCCUUCGCAAAUGCAGAAUGCUAUUUUUGUGGGUCGCACAGAAUAUAACAUUAUUAUGGUCGACAGUAAGCAUAAAGACAGAAAAUGGAAUGUUAUAACAUUUAAUGGUUACUCUGCUGCAGAAAUGGAACCUGAUGUAACAGACAAUUAUGAUUUGUUACAUAUUACUGGAAGUUCAACAGGUUGUGUUGUGACCUUAGAUAAGAGAUGGAAAAUUCUUUGGGAAUUAAAUCUCAAGAGUCCAGUGAUAGCAAUGUACACUGUAACUAAAGACGGAUUAGUGAGAAUUCCUUUCACAAGUGUCGCUGACUCUUUCUUAGAGAGGUUUACGAUGGAACCAAGCAAUGAUUAUCCGUUAUUCCCUACAGUGUUUGUUGGAAAGCAUCAGCACGGUCCCUAUGCAUUACCAUCCUUUGCUGAUUCGUCUACGACGAUAUCAAACAACAUUGAACGCUCAUUACUGGAGGGUUCAUCAUUGACUUCGUCUGAUCUUCAUGCAGAUGAUAAUAAAUUGCCAGGAAAUUAUAUUUUAUACAUAAAUGAAGAUAAUUUUGAUAAUUAUCAAAAUGCCAAACACAUCAGAAAAAAUUUGUUAGAAUUUAGAUCACAAAAGCAACUCCUUCAAAUAACUGGGCGGUCCGAUCCGAUAAUUUUGGAGUCUUCAACGUUGAAUGUCACUGAAAGAGAGUCAUCUGUUGCUGAGCAGUCAGACGUCUCAAAUGAUACUGGGCAAUUAGAAAGCAACAAAAAUUGGCACAUAAUGAUAUUAAAUAUGUGCAAAAAAGUAUGGACCAGUCAACAAGAAAAUAAUGCUAUAAUAUUGCUUCUGACUGUAUUAGUAAUAUGCGUGAUUACAAUAUGGUAUACACGAAAUAAGAAGCAAUCUCAGCAGUUAUUACAGAACUCGCGUGAAAGCAGUCGCACGAGUCAUUCUGGUAGAUCAGGCGAUUCGGUUGUUCUGCCAGAAGAUAUUGGAGAUGACUUAGUGAAAGUGGGAAAAAUUAUUUUCAACACGAAACAAAUUCUUGGCAAAGGUUGCGAAGGAACCUCUGUAUUCAAGGGUGAAUUCGACGGUCGCGCUGUGGCCGUGAAACGUCUGUUGCCAGAUUGUUUUACUUUUGCUGAUCGCGAAGUGGCGCUGUUGAGGGAAUCAGAUGCGCAUGAAAAUGUAGUCAGGUAUUUCUGUACCGAAGAGGAUCGUAUGUUCAGAUAUAUUGCACUGGAGUUGGCCGAAGCUACUUUACAAGAUUACGUGACGGGCAGAUAUGACAGAGAAAAGAUAUCUGUGAAGAAUAUUUUGUAUCAGGCUACGUCCGGAUUGGCACAUCUACAUUUAUUAGACAUCGUCCACAGAGACAUUAAACCUCACAAUGUGUUGCUCUCUGUUCCUGGACCUCGAGGAGAGGUACGUGCGAUGAUAUCGGAUUUCGGAUUGUGCAAGAAACUUCAGCUUGGGCGCGUAUCAUUUUCGCGGAGAUCCGGGAUUACUGGGACUGACGGCUGGAUAGCACCUGAAAUGUUGAAUGGAGAAAGAACAACAUGCGCCGUCGAUAUCUUUUCACUCGGCUGUGUUUUUUAUUAUGUCCUCUCUGACGGCAAACAUCCUUUUGGCGAUCCGCUACGAAGACAAGCCAAUAUUCUUUGUGGAGAGACUAAUAUGACAGCGCUCCAAGGAAUAUCCUCGAGUGAUAGAGAAUUAGCAUUAUUAUUAAUCAAGAUGAUGAUAUGCAGAAAUCCUGCCGAGAGACCUCCAGCUUUAUCAAUUUGUAACUACCCGAUCUUCUGGAAUCCAGGAGAGAUUUUGAGUUUUUUCCAAGAUGUUAGCGAUCGAGUGGAAAAGGAUCAACUUGAUAGCCCAGCUUUAAUAUCCUUAGAAACUUGCAGCAAACAUGUGAUCCGCGAUGAUUGGAGAUCGCACAUAGAUCAUGAGGUUGCAGCAGACUUGCGAAAAUAUAGAAGUUAUCGAGGCGAUAGCGUAAGAGAUUUACUCAGGGCUUUACGGAACAAGAAACAUCACUACAGAGAACUAACUCCGGAAGCGCAGAGGAGUCUGGGCGAGAUUCCUGAAAAGUUUACAGAAUAUUGGCUGACGAGAUUCCCAUGCUUAUUGUGCCACGUGUGGUGUGCGAUGCAGAGUUUUCGUGACGAGUCAACCCUGAAACAGUAUUACCAUUCGCAAUAUAUUUUUCCGAGUGAUUAUGAGGAGCAAGAACUGAGCCAAAGUGUACCGAUACAUUUAAUGCAAUAUAGUAAUGUCUUAUCGACAUCGACCAAAAUGCAACCAAUCACCGAUAAGGUGGUCAAUUGGAGUCCCAAUCGAGUGAAAAAUCGCGGCCAGAGAAGAAAGGAGAGGAGGAAACAGGAAGAAGAUCCGCUGUGGAUAUUGCAAUCGCCAAAUGAAAUUAUUCAGAAAUAGUAAAAUAAUUAUGAAUUUAAAGAUGAAAAAUAGUGCGAGAGUGUGUGCGAAUAUUUGGAUCGAAAGAAAAUUUCUAUUGAUCAUUUAAAAAAAUCUGCUAUUAGAACAUGAAAUUAAUUAACAGUCUUUCAAAUUGAUUUUUUUUUAUUAAUUUUUGUAAUCUUUGAAUUUUUUUAAAAAAUUGUACCUUUUAUAGAUAUACAGGGUGUUUCCAGGUUAAAUAGUCAAACUUAAAAUACGAAUUUAGGAUAAUCUCAAAAUGAACAACUAUUUUAUUUGGAAGUUUGUUCGCAAAUGCUUCCUUGAAGAGAUAUUGCGAGAAAACGCACGCUGAAAAUUCUUAGAUGCCAUGUUUAAAUGAAAAGAUAUUUCUGUGAAACAUUAUUGCUUUAAUGUUACAUCUUAUGUAUAUAAAAUUCAUAUUUAUUUUGUACAAUAAGAUACGUUACAAAUAAUAUGUCAAUAAUGGCACAGGUGUCUUAAUGCUUGACUGCCAUUAUUAAAUCAAUAUUUGUUCAACAGAAUUGAUAAUUUUUACAUAAGAAUAUUUCUCUGUUAGCAACGAUCAAAAUCAUAAAUAAAAAAACGGCAGUCUAUAUUGAUCGAUGUGGAACAAAAUGUGUCGUAAUUAUGAUUAUAAUGAUAGACAUAAUAAUUUUUGACAA